AUGAAAGGUCAACGCAAGAAUAGCCGGGAUAGAAUUAGCGCUCUUCCUCAGGACACAAUUGAAAAAAUUCUAACUUUAAUGCCGAUUCGAGAUGCAUUAAGGACAAGCAUUUUGUCAAGGAAAUGGAGGUAUUGUUGGACGACCAUGGCAAAACUUGUAUUUAAUGACAGAAAUGGAAAUGAAGAAAUUGAUGAACAUAAGUUUGUGAAAGCCAUUUUCCACGUUUUGUUGCUACACAAGGCUCCGAUUUUGGAAUUCAGUCUCUUUGUUAAUUCAGAAAUUUUUAGCGAGAUUGAUCAGAUAAUACUUCAUCUUUCAAGGGGUAAUAAUCUCAAGAAAUUUAUCUUCGAGAUUUUGGGAACCGAUACCUAUUUGCUACCAAGAUCGUUCUUUUCAUUGCAAGGAUUGGAGUACCUAGAUCUCUCAUAUUGUACUUUUGAGCUUCCAUUAAUGUAUAACGGAUUUAGUAGGUUGAAGACCCUGCGCUUUUGUGAUGUUUCUAUUACUAUCGACAUGCUUUUUCAGUUCCUUAUCAAUUGCCCCAUAGUUGAGGAAUUUGCUUGGCUUAGAGAUUAUUGGAUAGACAUGGAGAUUACUGAGUAUGAGUUUGUUGAACUGUUUAAAUGUUUACCUUCAAUUCAAGUUCUGGAAUUCUCUAGGUUGUAUAUCAAGCCUUUGGCUGCAUGUGGUAUGCCACAUAAGCUCCCGAUUUCACUACCCCACUUGAGAAUACUUGUUCUUGGUGUGUGUUUCGUUGAUCUUUCGACUGUUUUAUGUGUGAUCAACAGCUGUCCAAAUUUGGAGAAGAUUAAAAUGGAGAUGUAUUGGGACCAUAAUAAGUGUCUUCAACAAACUUUCAGUAACUUGCAUGAUAUUCAAGAUUAUUUGGGCCUCAAGUUGGAUCAUCUUAAAGAAAUGGAGAUAACAAGUUUUACUAAUCAUGCUCUUGAGAUGGAGUUUGUGAAGCUCGUUAUGGCUAACUCACCUGUGCUAAAGAAAGCACUGGUAGAGCUCGAUAUAUCUGUUUCUGUUGAUGAAGAAGUCAAGAUGCUUCGAGAUUUACUACAGAUUCCAUUUCCACGUGCAUCACCAACAGCAAACUUUAUUAUCAAACGACCUAAAAAUUAUUACCGAUAUAGGAAUUGA